AUGCAUGUCUCAGCACUCCUGCUUCUCCUUGGCACGUAUAGUCUAGUGCAUGCAUUGACCGUGCCGGGAACGUCGCCCUGGCCAGACAAGCACCUUGAGUCAGGUCUACGGAUAGCGAAGAGGUCCGUACCGUAUGAAAUUGCACCACGGGCGCUUUGUCCACAAGUGUGGUGGACAAUCGCUACAGAGCUUAAGCUAUCUUUCCUCGGGGUAGGAGGCUGCAAUAACCUCGCGCGACAAGCUAUUCGUGCGGCUUUCCACGACUGCUUCGUAGACGGCUGCAACGGGUCUCUGAUGCUCAGCGGCGAAUGCGACCGCAGCGAAAACAAUGGCCUCGAAGACAUAUGCGCGCAACUCCCGACAGUUCGCGCGAAGUAUGGGGUAGGUAUGGCCGAUCUUAUUCAAUUUGCUGGAGCCAUCGCCGUUGAAGUCUGCCCCCUUGGGCCCCCAAUGCCCUUUUACGCCGGCCGCAAGGACUCCACCACGCCCUCCACCCCGGGCCAACUUCCCUCGGUAACAGGCAGCGGUGACCAGCUCUUCAACAUGUUUAAAGCCAAAGGCUUCACUGCAACUGACCUCGCCGCGCUAAUUGGGGCGCACACAACGUCGGAGCAGUUCUUCGUCAACAAGGCGAAGGCAGGCGCGGCUCAGGACACUACGCCGAACGUCUGGGAUGUGGCGUAUUACGGACAGAUGCUGGCCGGGACGGCGCCGUUCACUUUUGAGAGCGAUAAGAACCUGGCGGCGCAGAACGAUGUGAAGGGGCCGUUCAAGGGGUUUGUGGGGAAUCAGGUGGCGUGGAAUGGGGCGUUCGUUGUUGCGUAA